ACAGAGUGACCGUCUAAAUCAUCUGAUCAGGAUGUUUGUUUUCUUCUGGGUGACUCUGCUCUUCUCUGUAUGGGGCAGUAAAGCUAACACAGACAUGCUUGCUGGAGGAAAACAACACUGUACAAAUGGAUUCUGUGUCACUCUCAGUGAGGGGAACAUAACAGCAGACACUGGUCACAGUGUUGUGAUACCUUGUUCUUUCACUACUAUAGAUGACUUUACACCACUCUAUAUACUGUGGUUUAAAUGUAGUCCAUCAAAAAUAAGAUGUGAAUAUGCUGACAUGAUAUUUCACUCCAACAAAAAUAACAGACACGCUCAGUCAAUACUUCAGUCUGGAUUCCAAGGCCGAUUGUCACUUCUGGAGCCUGAUGUGAGCCAGAGAAACUGCAGCAUCAUGAUUAAUGAUCUCAAUGAGUCUGAUUCUGGAUCAUAUCAGCUCCGACUUAAUGGUGUCCGGCGUGGGACAUCAGAUAUAUUUACAUUCCCUUUAAGAGCGAUUGUCUCUGUUAAAGAUGUGAAGAAAAUUGAAAUCACUGGAGACCGAAGUGUGAAGGAGGGAGAGACUCUGAAUGUGACCUGCAGUGUUGAUAGUUUCCCUCCAUCAUUUAUCACAUGGACUAAAUAUUCUGAAGAAUCCAUUCAAAAUGUAACAGGAGAUAAUCUGCAGAACAACACUGAAAUGGACACUUUGUUCAUCUCUAAUGUGACAACAGAAGAUUCUGGACAGUACAUCUGCACAGCAAAACAUCUGAACAACACCCUGAUGGAGAAAGUCAUCGUGAACGUGAUAUAUAAAAGAACGCCUCUUCUCACUGGAGAUACGACUGUUACAGAGGGAGAGACUCUGAAUGUGACCUGCAGUGUUGAUAGUUUCCCUCCGUCUCUUAUUACUUGGACCAAACUGAGUUCCAACACAAUCCUACACAACAACACUGGAUCAGCUUCACUUGUCAUCUCUGAUGUGACAACAGAAGAUUCUGGACAGUACGUCUGCACAGCAACACACUUGAACACGACUGUGACUCUACAUGCUGAUGUGACUGUGACCUGUCUGUUAAAGAUAUUAAGCAGCUCUAGAUGUGAGGUCCAGUCAGAGGUCCUGACCUGUGUGUGUAUCACUGAGGGGUUUCCUCUAACCACCAUCAAAUGGCCACUGUUGGAGUCCCACACUAAAUACUCUGUCAUGACCACUGUGUCAGACCACACAGUCAACAGCAGCAUCAUCCUGAGUGUUAAAGAUCAUGGUUACACUGAAGUUGAAUGUGUUGCCAGCAGUGAUGUUGGAGAAGUAAAAAGGAACCUUGUCAUCAUCAAAACAGAUCAAGAAGUAGGUCUGCUGAGACAUCAUGGAUGUUACAGUGGAGUCCUUUUCUGGGCUGUUGCUGGUUCUUCUAUCAGUGUCAAUGUCCUCUUCAUAAUCUGCAUACUGGGACUUUGGAACGCAAGAAAGAAGGUGAAUCCAAAUGAAGAGAACAGGACGUACAUGUCAUUACAAAAACCAGAUCCAUCCUCAGAGUAUGAGGUGAUUGCCCUACGUCAAAACUAACUUACAAAAAAGAAUUACAUU